AUGGAUGCCAAAGUUUCUGUGUCGCCCACAAGCCUCAUCGAUCAGAUUGUGGUUCCAGGUGAUGUUGUUCUUGAUUUGUCAAACAUGACUAACCAAACUAUCAAGCUCGGCAGUGGCCUCCGUCAGGAUAAUGAUGUUAUCUGUGCCAUGAGAGCUGGGAAACUAAGUUACUCGAAGCCAAAUACGUAUUGGGUCGAAAGUUCUCAUAAACGGUACGUACCUCGCCCUGAGGAUCUUGUUCUUGGAAUUGUGGUAGAUCAUAAAGCAGAGAAUUACUGGGUGGACAUAAAAGGACCUCAGUUAGGGCUUUUGCCAAAUCUUGCAUUCGAAGGAGCUACACCAAGAAAUUAUCCCAAGCUUGAGGUAGGCACUCUGCUUUUUCUUCGGGUUGUGAAGACCACCAUAGGAAGGAAUCCCGAGCUGUCUAGUAUUGACGAAUGUGGGAAAGCUGCAGAGUUCGGAACCUUAAAAGAUGGUUUCAUGUUUGAAACUUCAACUGGUCUUUCAAGAAUGUAA